AUGUCCUUUAAUGGUAUUGUAGACGGGCCCCUGGUACCGGAAAUAUGCUUUAUAGAUCUGCUUCUCAGUCAGUCAGCAUCGGACCUGGAGAUGGACAGGCUGUGUUUGUUUGUCGCUUUCACUGCACUCUUCUAUUCCUUUUCCUCUAGAAAGAGACGCGUCUCUGGAGUGGAGGUGGAGCUGAGAGUCCAACCAGAAGACAACGUUACUCUCCAAUGUGACUGCAGAGUACAAACUGGGGUGUACAUUGUGUGGUACAGGAAUUGCUUUCAUAGGAACCAGCCUACUCUGGUCCUGUCAAUGUCCUAUGACACCAAAGCCAUAACAGCUAGAUAUGAUCUACGUAAUGAGAAACUUCUGAACCCCUUCCCUGGUUUCACGCUGGUGUGGAACCAGUCUAACGAAAGCUAUGAUCUCCUGAUUGUGAAUGUGACUGAGUCUGACCUGGGUCUCUACUACUGUGGAACUGAGGAGAAGACGGUGGAGGAUAUAGAAAAGAUUGCAGAGAAGAAAAUCUAUCGCUAUGGAAAUGUAAAUAUCAGUCUUUCUUUUGUGUCAGUUCCAGAGCCAGGUCGUUCAGAACCGGUCAACCCUACUGACCCAGAGCGGAAUCUGUACUGGAUCCUGCUGCUCACUCUAUGUCCUGCCUGUGCUCUCCUCUCCUCCAUCCUGUCCUCCACGAUGGUCUACUACUUCUGUUGCAGGACAAUCGGCUGA